UAAUUUUUGAACGGCGUAAAAUUAAUUCAUUCCGAAACAUGAUAAAAAUUUUAAAAGUUACGGAAUUUAAAUCUUGUUCUUUUGUUUUUUAAACACAUAUAACUUCACUUUCAGUAAUUCUUUAAUAAAAAAAGACUCAAAUCGUGUAAAUUAAUAUAACCCUAUUUUUGAAUCUUUAUAAAUGUCACACGAAAAAAAUAAUAUUCACGAUUUGUCGAAUUAUUAGUUACAAAUGCAUUCUAAAUUUAGAGAACAUGAAGUUCUGACUUCCUCUUAUGAUUCGCAAUAGUGAUGGCUCUGCACGUUCUUCAAGAUUAAGAGAUCGAACAUUAGUACGUGCACAAAUUUCUGGGAUAGCUGACCUUCAGAAAAUAUAUUCUAUCGGAGAAAUAUUGGGAAAGGGAAAUUUUGGAACUGUGGUGAAGGCUCUUCACAAAGAGAGUCAUGUAUUUUGGGCUAUCAAAAUCGUUAACAAGAGAGAGGCCGGAGAAUCAACAGUCAGGUUGGUGGAACGUGAAAUGCUUAUUUUAAGAUUGGUGAAGCAUCCGAAUAUUAUUGAUCUUGAUUGUGUUUAUGAAUCACCUAAGACUAUUUAUUUGGUCUUCGAUUUAUGUAUGAGCAAUCUAGCAAAAUUUUUCGAGAGAAAAAAAAAGCGAUUCGAGGUGGAAGAAACUGUAAAAAUUAUUCGUAGUUUAGCCAGCGCAUUAGCAUAUUUACACAAAAACGGUAUUGUCCAUCGUGACCUAACAUUAGAAAAUAUCCUAAUAGCCCAUAAGAUAGAAGCUGGCGAGAAGAUUCAGAUUAAAGUUUCAGAUUUUGGACUAAGUGCCAUGAGAGGAGGUCCUGGGCACGAGAACAUGUUACAUGAAUUUUGCGGCACUCUUGCUUAUAUGGCUCCUGAAGUGAUAGCGACGAAAUCGUACAGUCAACAAUGUGACGUUUGGUCCAUGGGUGUUAUUAUGUACGUCUUAAUGUUUGGAAUGUUCCCAUUUUUCUCUCAUGAUCAGCAUAAACUUUGCAAACUGAUUAGAAAAAGUGAAAUCAAUUUCUGUGAAUUACCUUGUUCUGAAGAAGCUCGCAAUUUAGUGAGUAAAUUGCUCGAAAAAAAUCCUGCAUUUCGGAUAACAGCUGCAGAAACGGAACAACAUCCUUGGAUUUCGGGUGCUGCAAUAACAUUAAAGACACCAUCUUCAAAUGUUUUUCACAUGAUGCGGAUGUGGAAAAAUGAAAUGUUGGAAAGCACAACGGAAGGUGGCCCUUCAAAUUUAGAUAGUUCAAAAUUAAUUAAAACUGCAUGUACCAAAGAAGGUUUGACUUUAUUUGACUGGAAUCACAGUUCUGCUCAUUUGAGUGUUUCAAAAUCUGUUAAACCAAAAAUUUGGUUGCAACCUCCAAAAACAGCACCUUCUCUUGACACGCGACCUACUACCAGUGAAGGUCAGUCUUUGGGGAGAAGUAUGACUCGAAGCUAUGCUAAUUUUGAUACAUCAACUUCUUCUGAUUCAAGCCCUGGAGAUCACACCAGUUCGUUUUUGAAGCAACGUUUAGAAAAAAAUCUACGAAGAAAUUUCAAGUUGCCAGAUUUUAGCUAUGUGUCAGCAAAGGUGGAUACAAACCUAAAAGCACCAAAAAAAUGAUCAAGAAAAAUAGCUAUUAAAAUUUGAUUUAAAAAUCGCUUCUAUAUUGAAAAUAAAUUAAUUUUAUUAUUUGAUUUUUUAA